UUGGGUUAAAGGUGGGAGUUGAGAGGUGCGCGUUUUGUUGUCUUUGUGUUGGAGAGGAGCUCCAUCUCAUACGGUCUCGCCUCCCCUUCUCCCCGGAUCCUUUCUGAACUCUUCCCCCUGGGUUGUUUUUAACCCGCCCGAACCUCUUCCCCCUUUUACCCCACAGACCCGACCCGACCCUCCCCUCCUCCUGGAAACCGAGCGCGGUUCCGAAAAGAUUUUUACAAUCAGUCUGCUUUGGGUACACACAAGCAUUUGCUGAAAAGACAAAUGAAUUGCUGGAAUUCCAUUCUUGUGACCAAAGAUACCAGUGACCUUGACCAGCCUGAAGCACUCAGAACCUGCUUCACCAUGGACUCCGGUGUAAUUGAAGGUGGACUGAACGUCACACUGACUAUCAGACUUCUGAUGCACGGCAAGGAAGUUGGGAGUAUCAUCGGCAAGAAAGGGGAAUCUGUGAAAAAGAUGCGAGAAGAGAGUGGUGCUCGCAUUAACAUCUCUGAAGGAAACUGCCCUGAAAGGAUCAUAACUUUGGCUGGGCCCACUACGGCCAUUUUUAAAGCUUUCUCCAUGAUCAUCGAGAAGCUUGAAGAGGAUAUUAGUAGCUCAAUGACUAACAGCACAGCCACUAGCAAGCCUCCUGUUACUCUACGCAUUGUGGUUCCAGCCAGCCAGUGUGGCUCUCUAAUUGGGAAAGGAGGUUGCAAGAUUAAGGAGAUCCGAGAGUCUACUGGUGCCCAAGUGCAAGUGGCUGGAGACAUGCUGCCAAACUCCACUGAGCGCGCCAUUACAAUUGCAGGGACACCACAGUCAAUCAUUGAAUGUGUGAAACAAAUUUGCGUUGUCAUGCUGGAGUCCCCACCGAAGGGUGUCACUAUCCCUUACAGGCCUAAGCCUUCUGGCUCUCCCGUCAUCUUUGCUGGCGGACAGGCCUAUACGAUUCAAGGACAGUACGCCAUUCCACAUCCAGAUCUUACAAAACUGCACCAGUUGGCCAUGCAGCAGAAUCCAUUCCCACUGACUCCUGGAAGCACUGGAUUCACUGCAGGAAUGGAUGCCUCAGCACAGACUAGUUCUCACGAACUCACCAUUCCAAAUGAUCUGAUCGGAUGCAUCAUUGGUCGACAAGGCGCCAAAAUAAAUGAGAUUCGCCAGAUGUCUGGUGCACAGAUCAAAAUCGCCAACCCGGUAGAGGGCUCUUCUGACAGGCAGGUCACGAUCACUGGCUCCCCAGCUAGCAUCAGUUUGGCAGAGUACCUCAUUAAUGCCAGCGUAGAGUCUGCUAAACAGCCUUCCUCGAACCCUGAGCACCACAACCUCAGCAUGAACCUCUGUCAGCCCUGCCCCCCCUCUACUGCUGCUGCUGCUGCUGCUACUACUACUACUACUACUACUGCUACUACUACUACUACUACUACUAGUACCUCCUCUUGUUCUUCCAUCUCCUCCUCUUCCUCCUCCUCCUCCUCCUCCUCUGUCGUCACUUCGGCAGCAGCCAUCACCCUGUCCUCCUUGCUGCCGUCGGGUGGCCCUUCCUCCGAUUCCCAGCUCCCCAGCAACCCUGUGUGUGUCUCCAGUCUGCUUGGCAUGAACCCCGUCCCUUUGAUGGCUCUCAGUGUGGUCAAUGCUAAGAGCCCGGCUGUCGCUGUGUCUGCUGCCAGUGGUUCUGCCCCCGGUGCUUCUAACAAGCCGGGCACCUCGGACUUGGCAAACAAAUCCAAGAAGAGAAGGUUGUCUCCUUACUGAUUGCUGGGUAUUGCU